AUGGCGACGGGACGAGACAAUGGAACCAUCUCAAUUUCUUUUGAUUCCGCGCAGCUGUUUCGAGUUUGUGUCAAAAAUGAUAGAAAUGUGGGCUCUUUAGGCGUUUUUUAUGGGGAUAAUCCAUUCCAUUUUGUGCUUCCUGCAACGUUGGCCCAAAUUUUCCUUGUCGUCGUAACCUCUCGAACGCUUUAUUUUCUUCUGAGGCCUAUAAAAACACCCAAAUUCAUCUGCAACGUCAUAGGUGGCAUUCUUUUGGGGCCAUCAUUUCUGGGGCAGAACAAGAGGUACUGGGAAGCUCUGUUUCCUCCAAGACAGGCUGAGUUUUUAACCAUGAUGUCCGUGACAGGGUGUGCAUAUUUUCUGUUCUUCGUUUUGCUGAAAAUGGAUGUACUAAUGACUAUAAAAGCAGCAAAAAGUACAUGGAGACUUGGAGUAAUACCCUUCUUGGCUUCUUUUGUGGUUAUAUCAGGACUUUUAAAUAUGUUUUAUCAUCCGCGAGACUCCCCUCCUAUAAAUGUAAAAAUGGCACGUACCGCAUUAAGUGCUGUAAUGUCAUUCACUCCUUUCCCUGUAAUUUCUGAUGUUUUGAUGGAACUAAACCUUAUAGCCACAGAACUUGGCCAGAUUGCUUUGUCCUCAGCUAUGAUUAACGACAACAUACAUUGGGUUUUUAUUGCAACUUCUCGUAUCUUAUCGCUUGCUGAUAUGAGAAGUUCACUUAUAUGUUUGGCCAUCUUGAUUUUGUUCUUGCUUUUUUGCAUUUUCGUUUUACGACCAACGAUGAAAUUGAUUGCUCGGAGAACACCAGUUGGUAAACCAGUGAAGGAAAUUUACAUUGUAAUGAUACUUCUUGGUGUCCUAGUUAUGGGAACUGUUAGUGACUCGUUGGGAUUAACGUUUCUUCUGGGACCGCUUCUGUAUGGUUUGGUUAUACCGAGUGGACCCCCGUUGGGUGCAACAGUGGUUGAGAAGUGUGAAGCUAUCAUCUCAGAGUUUUUACUACCUUUCUUCUUUAUAGCUAUAGGCAUGGCCACAGAUUUGUCUGCUCUCAAGAAUUGGGGAGCGUUUAUUACUCUGCAGUGUAUCUUAUUUGCUGGAGACUUGGCUAAGUUGGUUGCUUGUGUUCUGGUUUCUAUGACAUACAACAUUAAGCCCAAACAUGGCGUCGUGCUUGGCUUCAUGAUGAGCAUCAGGGGUAUAACCGAACUUAUAGCUUUCAGUAAUAUGAGAAGACUCAAGUUGUUGGAUAAGGAAACUUUCAGUCAAUUGGUGUUGUGUGUGGUGGUUACGUCCGCAAUUGCUACACCGUUGGUUACGUUAUUAUAUAGGCAUCGCCCCAGGCUACUACACGGAUCAACCAUUUAUGACGAGCGGAUAAGAACGAUCCAAAGCACUCCAAGAAAUUCAGAGUUUCGCAUUCUUGUGUGUGUACACAACGAAGGAAGCGUGCGUGGCAUCACGGCCUUGUUGGAAGCAUGCAACCCAUUACCAGAAAGCCCCUUAUGUGUCUACGCGAUACACCUCAUUGAGCUCUUGGGUAAAAGUGCACCUAUUCUCCUUCCUAUAAAUUACAAGGAAAACAAAAAAUCCUUGUCUGUGAAUUACCCCAACACCAACCACAUCAUGCGUGCCUUCGAGAACUACUCCAAAAACUCGAGUGGUCCCGUAACCGUUCUUCCGUACGUCAACGUGGCACCUUACAAGAGCAUGCAUGAUGCCAUAUGCAACCUCACACAAGACAAGAUGGUACCUUUCUUUAUCAUCCCCUUUCACGAAAAUGACAACAUUGACAAUAGUGGUCACGUGGCAAGCUCAAUUCGCAAACUGAACAAUAACUUUCAAGCACGCGCGCCAUGCACGUUGGGGAUACUCGUGGACAGAUACUCGCGGCUAGGUUCUAAACAUAACGCCAUGCAGUUUUUCCAUGUUGGCAUUUUCUUUAUGGGUGGACCCGAUGAUAGAGAAGCAUUGGCAUUGGGUAUUAGAAUGUCGGAGCGAGAAAACACGAGAGUGUCCUUGUUCCGGUUUAUCGUUAUGAACAAGAAACUAGUUGGGAGUAAAAAUGAUCAACCAAUGACAAGAGAAGAACAAAAAGAGGAAGAAUAUGAAAGCGUGUUGGACGAGAGUUUAAUUGAUGAGUUCAAAGGAAGGAAACUUGCAAGGGAGAACGUUUCUUGGUAUGAGAUUAUGGUGGAUGAUGGAGUUGAGAUAUUGGACGUAAUUCGUGGUUUAGAAGGAAACUACGACCUUGUGAUGGUUGGGAGGACCCAUCAAAUAGAAUCAAUGAUUGACGAGGAAAUGGCAAAUUUCAUAGAGAACACUCAGAUUUUGGGAAUAUUUGGGGAUAUGUUGUCGUCAACGGAGUUUUGUAUUGGGAUGGUUCCGGUUUUGGUGACACAAUGUGCUGGGAAGAGGGUAAGUAUGCUUGAUAGAGUAGGUUCGGUUAAUGACUCUUCAUAA